GUGGCCUUUCGGGACCCCCCCUGGUCCCUUCAGAGGCUUCUGCCCAGUGAAUGCAGGGUGGGGAUUUUUUAGUCAGUGCUUUUCCUUUGGGCCAAGCUUCCCCAGGAAGAGACAGGACUCUGAGUCAUCUCAGCCCAAGUGGUAAAAAAUUCCGAAGCAAACCCCAGCUGGCAAGGUACCUGGGGAGCUCCAUGGACCUGGGCACGUUUGACUUCCGUACAGGAAAAAUGCUGAUGAAUAAAAUGAACAAGAACAGGCAGAGGAUGCGCUACGACUGCUCCAACCAAGCCAAAGGCAAGCCUGAUUUGAACACAGCACUGCCUGUCAGACAGACAGCCUCCAUCUUCAAACAGCCUGUCACAAAGAUCACAAAUCACCCCAGCAAUAAGGUAAAGAGUGAUCCUCAGAAAGCUGUGGACCAACCCCGACAGCUCUUCUGGGAGAAGAAAUUAAGUGGACUGAAUGCUUUUGACAUUGCAGAGGAGCUGGUGAAAACAAUGGACCUUCCAAAAGGUUUACAAGGGGUUGGACCUGGUUGCACUGAUGAAACCCUUCUCUCUGCCAUAGCCAGUGCGCUGCACACCAGCACGAUGCCCAUCACUGGGCAGCUCUCUGCAGCUGUGGAGAAGAAUCCUGGAGUCUGGCUAAACACCUCCCAGCCACUUUGCAAAGCAUUUAUGGUGACAGAUGAAGACAUUAGGAAGCAAGAGGAGCUGGUGCAGCAGGUCCGGAAGAGGUUGGAGGAAGCCCUGAUGGCUGACAUGCUGGCCCAUGUGGAGGAAAUAGCACGAGAUGGGGAAGCUCCUUCAGAGAAAGAAGGAGGUGAGGAAGAAGGUGAAGAGGAGGAGGAAGAGGAGGAGCAGGACAAUGUGGAAGAGAUGGAGAACGUAUAGUCCAGGGAGUUCCAUCUAAGAAUUCCCAGUAUAAAUCCUAUCAGCAGGGUCAGCACAACCAUUUACAAAGCCAAGAGUGUCUGCAGAGUGAAUUGCACCACCAGACCACCCCUACCUACAAACGUUUUGAUGUGUACACUUUGGGAAACGUGGAGAAGCUGAUGGUUCAUUAAUUGCUGGGUAGUUUUGAAGAUGGAACUUGAUUAAACUCUACUUCCCCUCUUUUUUUUUUUUUUUUUUUAAGGGGUAGGGUAACUGGGAAUGCAAAAGGAAUAUAAAAUGGUGGGAGGGAGAAUACUAGGAACCAAAUUCCCUGUCCUUUUUUGUUGUUUGUGGGUCAGUGAUAGGUGAUACAUUUCUAAGCUUUUCUAUCAAAGUAGAUUUAACAGUGACCCAUAGAAACAAUUUUCUCUCUAAUGCAAGUGAGGGAGAUGCUGUUUCACUCCUUGGCUGCUCUGCUGUAGGCUGCCUGUUUGUACCAGAGUGUAGGGAGGUCAUUUUACCUUGGGGAUUGUCAUUCCAUGUGUCAGUUCAAGUCACUGAAUUUCCUUUUCCUCGCAGGACCACAUUGGUCUUGGAAAUGUAGUCUCAGAGGUGAACUACCAAUGCCUCUUCCACCUGAGGUUUUGAUUAGGAGGGGAAGUUACACUUGAGAAAUUGGUCUUACAUCAGUGGCAAUUGAUCUUAUGCAUCUGAGCAUAGCCAAAUAGAGUUCUGGAGAUAAAUAUACCCACUCUAUGGUAUGAUUUGCUUUGGUCUAAGUCUGGUCAGAAGGACCUUCUCCAUUCUGAAUGGAAGGAUGACUCCUUUCUGACUGACAGUGAGGAAAACCUCCUCCUUUCUCUUCUGGUGCCAAGAACCCUGACCUCUGUUUCUAUGUGUGGAGGGAAGGGGACCCAUUCCAAUAGGUGUGUCUAUACAUCUGCUUUCAUGUGCAGUAAUAUUCUGACCUCUUUUAAAACAAGAAACGAAAAAAGGUUGAUUUUUCUAUAAUUGAUAAACGAAUUUAAAGCUUUUUAUUAAGUAGUAAAUCUUUCUUAAUUGCAUGUGCAGUGAAGUGACCAGCAUUUUGUGUCCAUAAAAAAUGAAAUUAUGUGAAACCUGCCUUAAUGUGUUUAUAAGUAUCUGGCUUCACACAUGGGUAUCUUGAUUGAUUCCUCAGUCUCUUCUAGUACAUCUUUGAGCAUAUUGGGGUCACUUGUGGCUAAAAAUGGAUUUAUCUGGGGAAGGAGGACAGGGAGAGGGGAGGAAGGUAACAGUUUAUAGCUUGAAUAUUGUGUUGACUAGGUUGCAAAAGUUAUGGUAGUCUUAGGGUAUCCAUUGCAUACAGUGCAAAGUGGUGGAUGAAAUACUGUGCCACCAACCAACUGUGCAAGUUGUUGGUAUCCCAAAACUUGGGGAAGAAAGUAGCUCCCAGAGCCUUUAUCAUAUAAGAAUGAUCAGCAGUGACAGCAAGGGAGCAGGGGAGCUGCCUGGAAAGUUAAUAGCCUUUGGGAGUAGUUCAGCUUAGUGACCUGGAUAGGUUUAAGCUCCUUGAAAAAUAUCCCAUGCCAAAGUGAUUGAUACUACAUUAACUCUUCUCAUAAAGAUUUUGAAAAUACAAAAUUCUUUCAUAUUGCUCAUUUGGAGUACUGCAAGAAGACUGGAUUGUACUUUGCUGCUGCUCUAUCAGGUAUUUCUUUGAGGAGCCUGACCUGGUAGUGCAGCAAUGAAAGUUAUUUUCCUUUUUGAACGGUCUGUUACAGUUAUUAUUUUGUAAAUCUGUCCUCUUGUAACUCACUGUUGAAUUAAAUGUUUCUUACAAAGU